CGAGUCCAGGGGGGUGUUAUAGAUUCAGUCCACAUCCUCUGGUCCACAUCAUAUUUGUGUUGAUGGCGCUUGUAAAUAUUUUGACGUUUUGAAUAGUUUUGAUGCCGGUUGUCGGUCUAGAAUUAUCGGAAAUGAUUCAAUAACAACACUGGAUUUUCGAAAGAUAAAUUCUGCUAUGUAUUAUAGACUGGUUAUAUAUACAGUAGAAUCAAGUCUAAAAGACUAAAACAUCAAAGCUAUUUUAUACUGUAUGGGAUAUUUUAAUAUAAAGAAGGUAAAAAAUCACGAAUAGCUUAAACAUGUAAUUGGAACGCCGGUGUAUAAACUUUAACGUGGCGGAAACGUACAAAAUUGGAAAAAAUAUGGAUCAGAAUCAAAAUUGCCAUAAAAACAACGAGUUUUUGUUUAAAGUUUUGAUAAUCGGUGAUGUGGCAGUGGGAAAAUCGUCUAUUAUGAAAAGAUUCGCAGAAAAUGUGUUCGAUCGUAAAUAUGGCUCUACAAUUGGCGUGGAUUUCAAAACUAAGAAGUUAAAGCUUGGAGGCAAGGCUGUAAAAUUACAGAUUUGGGAUACAGGUUAGUGUAUAAAAUAACUAGAUAUAUGAAAAUAAUAGAGUGAUUCCCCCCCCCCCCCUGCCAUUGGGGGUGGGGAAGAAAAAAAUAUCUAUUUGCAGGUUGAUGUGUGGGUGUGACAUUCUGAAAUCACCAGUUUAUUUAGCCUGUGUGCAGUCCUGGACUCACACAGGCUACAGUUUAUUGUAAUCAUGUGUGCUGUAUCAGCAUUUCCUUAGCCGAUUUUAAUGCGAAAUUAUGAUGUGUCGGUAAUAUUCUGUUUUGUAGCUGGCCAUGAAAGAUUCCGAAGUAUCACGUCAGCUUUUUACCGAGGAGCUCAUGGCAUUGUUCUGGUUUACGAUGUCACAAGGAUGGAAACUUUUACAAAUAUUCCAAAAUGGUUGCAAGAACUUGAUCUUCAAGACUAUAAUUGUACUGUCAAAAUUUUGUUUGGAAACAAGAGUGAUUUGUCUUCGGAAAGAGAUGUCCCAAGGGAAACAGCAUUUAAAUAUGCAGAUUCCAAUAACAUGUUUUUGUUUGAGACCAGUGCCAAGACUGGAAACAGUGUGAAUGAAGCGUUUGAACAUUUAGUAUCUAGAAUGCUUGUAGCUUUUCAUGAGGCUGAAUCUACUGCUACAAAGCCAAUUUUAUCUGGAGAUCUAUCAACUUGCAUAUUGUCAGAACAGGAAAAAAUUAUUGCAGGAUCUGGGUGUUCAUGUUAGAGAAAUAUUAUGACCAGGGCCAUCAGAAGUGCAUGGGAGAGUCAAUAAUAUCCUCACUCCGAUGAGGAUUCUAUUUCUUUUUAUAUUUCAUUUCUUUCUUGCGCAGGCAAUUACAUUCAAAUUAUCUGUAACAGUUCAUUGUUACAUUGUUAUUGUGUUUAUAUCAAAAGGAACAAAACCAAUGCAUUCAUGUUUGUGAUUGCAUACAGAGUAACAGAGCAAAGGUUGUUUCAAAACUGGGAGGAAUGAAGUUGUAAAAUGUUAAAAAGCAGGGACGUGCUGGCCAAGGAUGAACCAAUGAGAACUUGUUGUGGGCCCCUGCCAUCAUGGGCCCAUAAACAUUGGAAAAGAUAAAAAUAUAGAUUUUAAGUUUGAAAAUCAAGAUUAAGAUAUUACAAUUUAGAUUUUAAAAAUCUAAAUUUACGAAAAUAUUUAUUUACUGAAAAAUUUAACAACAACAACAAUUUCAGGAAAAAAAAUUAAUUAGCGACUGAUAUGUUUAAUGUUCGAUCAGUAAUACCACCCACCCCAAUCUUGAUCCAUGCCUGGGCCCCAUCAGACUGUUCAUUCGUCGUCCUUUUCAAAGACCCCAGCACGUCCCUGUUAUAGAGUGAAUUACAAAAUCUUGAAUUUUUAAAUGCAAGAAAUUCAUAACAACAAUAAACAUCCCUCCCAGGAAGCGCGGAAAUUGAUCUUCCGAGUCUUAAAUGAAAGUACAAAAUUGUUCUGGGGGAGCUUGCUCCCCCCCCCCCCCCC